GAUUCCCUAAUGUUAGCGUUUCAUUUAAGGGGUGUGUUUUUUGGUGGGCGGGCGUACUUGUAGGGUGGUACUAUUUUUUUUUUUUUUCAUGUCGGUCUUAUUCUCGCACGAUCGGAGAAGAGCUAAAAUGAGGGGGGCUUCGUGUAUUCGCUGUUUUCUGGCGGCAGCAUUAUGGGCUGUCUGCUCCAGUUUGAGUCUCACCACUCCCACAAGCCCCGUUUUCGGACGGGUAGGCGGCGAUGUGACAUUAAACUUUUCACUUAAUCCUUCAAAUGUCGUGUUACAGACGGUGAUCUGGAGGUUAAACAAUAACAAUGUGGUGUCUUGUGUGGAUGGUUCAGUUUCAUACGGCCCGGGGUAUGAAGGGAGAGUCAAUCUGAACACAACGACGGGAUCUCUGUCGCUCUUCAGACUAACACUACGGGACUCGGGACAGUACAGUGUGAGCGUCAUAACUACUGGGGGAGAGAGUACGGGUGGAAGUGUCACACUUCAAGUGUUAGAUCCAGUUUCUGUACCCACAAUCCAGUCCAAUGUGACUAAUCCUGUAGAGUUCAAUGACACAGUGACUUUGACCUGCACAGCCUCUGGCUCAGACGUCUCUUACCAGUGGUUCAAUGGCAGCUCAGAGUUGUCAGACACUCAGAGGAUUCACUUGAGUGCUGAUAAGAGAACUCUAACGAUAUCAGGCGUGUUGAGAUCAGAUGAUGGGCCUUUCUACUGCUACGUGUAUAACCAUGUCAGUAAUGGCACCAGCAAGCCCUUUAGCCUUGAUAUAAAAUAUGGACCGGACUUGCCCACUUUGUCUGUCAGUCCUACCACACCAGUCUAUGCUGCUGGAUCUUCCCUUAUUUUAAAUUGCUCAGCAAAGUCCAAUCCUACUGCUCAGUAUCAAUGGUUCUUAAAUGGAACUUCUCUUAACAAAAGCCAGGAGCUAGAAAUAAGGAAAAUUCAGGUGGAUCAGGCGGGUAACUACACAUGUUGGGCUUUCAAUGAUGUUACACUCAGAUAUGCUGCUGCCAACAGAGAGAUUGAUGUCAUAGAACCUGUUUUUGAUGUCAGGAUAACGGCCAAACCUGGACAGCCAAUAGAAAACAAGACUUUCUCUCUGACCUGUGAUGCAUCUGGACAGGUGGAAUCGAUACACUGGGUAAAGAACGAUCAGCCUCUCUCUCCAUCUGACCACAUCACCUUGUCUGCAGACAGUAAAACAUUGUCCUUUAAUCCUGUACUGCGGUCAGAUAAUGGUAAUUAUACGUGUACAGCAUCCAAUCCAGCCAGCAGGAUGAACAGUGAAGUAUAUACACUGACUGUCAGCUGUGAUGUUCAAAAUGGUAACUCGUUAACUACAGCCGGAAUUGUAGCAAUUGCUGUGUGCAGCGUUCUUCUUGUACUUGCUGUUACUGCUCUAGUCGUUUUUCUGUUGAUAAGACAUCGUCGGAGCAGCACAGGGUCUUCUAAGUCCAGCAGUCCAACAACAAAACCUGAGGAUGGUUUGGUCUACUCAACCCCCACAUUUUUGAAGGAGCCAGGAGACAGGAAAACCAAACAGAACGCUGAUCCAAACGCUCAGUAUGCCAAUAUUAGCAAACAGCCUCAAGUGCAAUCAAACACAGCAACUGAGUAUGCGGAGCUAAGAAGGAAAUAACAGCAACCACCCAGCAGAGACAUUAUGUUAACACCAAGAAGAGCUUUAACUGGAAAUGUGCAAACCUUUUGCUUUAUAUGCGUGCUUAUUUUAAUGUUUACCAGCUAAAACUCAACAAAUAAGAACCUUGUAUUCCUAACAGGGUAUGGAUUAUAUGCAAAAAGAUGCACAAGGCAUUGGAUUCGCUGUGCUUAGCAAUGAGCAAUCAAAGUGUACGCAAAGUGUGGGUUUACUGUGCACAGGACAGGCAUAUAUGUUUUAUUUAAGCAUAAGCAUUAAACAUAUCUGUUGACAUAUUUGUGUAAAAUUUUGUUCUGAAGUGUCUCAAGUGCAAUGAGAAGAGAGGCACUCACCAGAUCAUCUUUACCUUUUCUUGACAAAUUAUCACUGGAAGGACAUUGAUCCGUGUUGUGUAAAGCUUAGUUAGCAGGAAAGGCAGAGAAAUGCAUUAGCAACUACAAUUUAGGAACACUUUAUUUAUUGAUAUUUGCAGAGAUGAAAUAUACACAGUCAAGCAAAGUAAAAGUGACUCAAAAUAACAGUUAUUUGACAGAUUGAAGCAAUUGCAGCUAUCACUAAUAUUUAAUUAAACACCAUAGGAUCAAAGAGACACAUUAUUUGGAUGCUAUUUGUGAAAAAGAGUGUAAUGGGUUAAAUUUUGGGUAAUUCUGAACUAUAAAUAAAAUAUAAUUGCAACAUAUUUAUUAUUUCUUAUAAUUUCAAUGUUGUCCGCGUUAUAAACUUGGUUAAUCCAUUUUUUUUAUGGUUUGGAGAGUAUUGAAUCCUUUUGUGGCAUCACCAUGGACAUGGCAGAACGCAAACACACAUUCAAUCUGUGUCAAUUAAUAGUUACAAGUUAAACACACUUCCAUGUCCUUAGGUUGUGGAAGAAAAAUUGGAGAACUCUGAGGAAUAAUACUUAUGACUACAAAACAUACUAUAGUAGGAUCAGGAUCUAAACCCAGUUUCCUGAACCUAUGAGACAACAAUACCAGCCACUGUCCUGCUGUGCUCCACAUAUAACAUAAUAUAACAGAAUAAUAAUAAUAAUAUAUAGUAGAAUAUAACGUUUAUACAUGAGUAGAGGUCAGUUUCUCAGUUUAAUUAGGUAAAAUUAGGUAAAUUUCUUUAGCAUCUCAUCAACUCACAUUGUAGAAGACAGCAAGGUAUUUGCUUCAGUAAUGUGGCCAGACAGUAGAUAUAGAUAGAUAGAUAGAUAUAUUUCCACCAUAUUGACUCAUAAGUUAGACAGAUAAAAACACAACAUAUAUAGUCCUUGUUUUAACUUUUGUUUAGUGGAACACAGCAAAUGAUCCCAAUAUUUUAGCAGUGAAAACUGAGUUAAGACGACUUUUGCAACAGAAUGCUACAAAUUCCUGCAGUGGGCUGGCGCCCUGCCCGGGGUUUGUUUCCUGCCUUGUGCCCUGUGUUGGCUGGGAUUGGCUCCAGCAGACCCCCGUGACCGCGUGGUUAGGAUAUAGCGGGUUGGAUAAUGGAUGAAUACUACAAAUUCUGCUAAAGCAGGAAGCCCAGCAGUAUCAGGUUAAUUUCUUCCUAUAAUAAAGUGCUACAGCCGUUGUAUAUGCACCAGGAUAAAAUUCUUAUCAGCAACCUUUGAUUGGCCUUGAAAUAAGGAACUUACUGUGUUUAUGCAGUUCAGAGUUAUCAAGAUGGCGAUCCAUGUACUAAGUCACAACACAACCACAUGAGUGUGUGAUAAUAAUUUAUCUUCCUAAUUUGCAUCUUUUGUUUUAAGUUAUGAUACUUCAUAAAACAUGGUUGUGCUUCUUUUCUCAUGUGCCUUUUAUAUAAAUUAAAGCAGAAAUUAUUUUUUAUGUACUGACUAAUUUCAGCAUCUAAAAGUGUGUCAUGUCAAUCAGACAAUGUGUGAGGUUUGAAUGAUUAUUUAAGAUUUAUUUAAGAUGCCUCAGUAAACAAAUUUAUUGAGUGACAAAUUAUUAAUAUUCAUUUUUUUAUUUAGAUAAAUUAUUUUGACAAUUGUCUGUGUGUGUUCAUUUUAAAAAUAAAUAUAAAUCUGGCCUAACAUAGAUGUCCAGUUGGUAUUCUUUAUGUACAAAAUAAUACAGACUUGAAGGUGCCCAAUCAGCUUCUUCUUUCAGCUAUACCGUAAGGUAAACAUCUUCCAUUAGUCUGCCAUUUAAUAUAUUUUAAUUUAACAUACUACUUACUAAUUCUGCUUCAAGCCAUCCUUUAAUAGUUUAUGUUAUGCAACUGGCAACCACCUUUCCUACAGUCUACAUAAUUAAAAAUGUCACCUAUUAAUCUCUUAUUAGUCUUUCUUCCUUGCUCAUACCCUGCAGUCUUCACAGUCUUGUACACUGUUAAUGUUGCUUUGUAAACUCUGCACUGCUUACAAUAUUCUAGCACAUUAUAAUGCUGAAACAUUGCCUUCCUUGGAUUGCCAUUACCUCAGCUCACUGUAAAACCCAGCAUGCUAUUAAGAGAAGAGGCAGUGUGAUUUCCUGUGCUUUAUGGUGCAAGUGUUCCAACA